AUGCUACAACAGACGCUCAAAGGGCACAGCAGCUGGGUCUGCUCAGUAGCCUUCUCGCCUGACUCGAGGCUGCUAGCAUCGGGAUCGUACGACGAGACGGUGCGGCUCUGGGAUGCAGCUACUGGCGCGCUGCAACAGACACUUAAUGGGCACAGUAGCUUGGUCUUCUCAGUGGCAUUCUCGCUCGACUCGAGGCUGCUAGCGUCGGCAGCGUAUGACACAACAGUGCGGCUCUGGGACGCAGCUACUGGCGCGCUUCAGCAGACACUCAAGGGGCACAGCGGCUCGGUCAACUCAGUUGCCUUCUUGCCCAACUCAAGGCUACUAGCAUCGGGAUCAUACGACGAGACGGUGCAGCUCUGGGAUGCAGCUACUGGCGCGCUGCAACAGACACUUAAGGGACACAGUGGCUUGGUCUGCUCAGUGGCAUUCUCGCCCAACUCAAGGCUGCUAGCAUCGGGAUCGUACGACGAGACGGUGCGGCUCUGGGAUACAGCUACUGGUGCGCUGCAACAGACACUUAAUGGGCACAGUGGCUUGGUCUUCUCAGUGGCAUUCUCGCCCGACUCGAGGCUAUUAGCAUCGGCAUCGUCGGACAAAACAGUGCGGCUCUGGGGCGUUGCCACUGACACACUAUAG